AUGUUACGAGUUCCAAGUCUCCUUUACGCGGGGAUCGCUCGCAGACCAAUAGACGGCUGUCAAUUUUAUUACAGUAGCGCUGCUACUGCAAACAAACCUGAGGCUGAGGAAGUGUGGGUUGUGCUAGAGCAUUUUGUUCGGUUCAAAAAAUCAUUCGACUGUGCAUGUGUUUCUAUCACUUACUCUCUUCAUAUCCCCAUUCUCCGACACCCACCGUCAUACAUACCCUCCUCCUCUCCCCGCCAGUACUCAGCGGCCAGGCUGAAGGAGUGGGUGAGUAAGAGACCGAAGGGUGAUCAUCCUCCACUCUUCUUUGCUCCUGUUGCCUAG